AAUAUGGUAUAUUACGAAGUAAUACGGCCAUACGUUUUAUUUUGUUCCAAUUAAUUUGUAUUUCUAUUUAUGAACGGUUUUCGGUAGGGACUUGUAAGAUUCAGUGUUGACAAUAAUGGCUGCCAGUGUUUCUUCAAGACAAAAACGCAGACGCAUUCAGCAAAUAUUGGUUAACGGAAGUGCGUUUUACCAGGAAGAUGCCGAGCAAUAUUCCUCUGCUAACCAAAGUGUGACUGGUGCCAGUGAAUCAAACAGUGAUCAAAGUGAUAUAUUACAUAACAACUCAUUACAAGAUUAUUGCAUUGCAGAAGUUGUCGACAGUGACAUGAAUCAUAGUGAUACAGAACCUGACAGUGACAGCGAUGAUGAAAUUUAUGUAGACUGUGAAGAAGAAACUGAAACGUGUUAUGAAGUGGAGGAAGAUGACACAUUUUUCGACUGUGAGGAACACAAUAUUAACACAUGUGAGUUUCGUGAAAGUCUUGCCUCUUGGGCUGUUCAGUGCCAGAUUCCGCAAUCGCAUGUAGACAAAUUACUUGUGCUCCUGAAAUCAUUCUCAGACUUUGACACAUCCAACCUUCCUAAAAGUUGUCGAACACUUCUGAAAACUAUUCGUCGCACUGCAACAAAAGUAGUUGGCCCAGGACACUACUAUCACUGUGGUGUUGAAAAAGGAAUCCUGUCAACUCUUCAAAGAAUGCAAGUGAAACGCAUUCCUUCUAAACGUAUCAAAUUGCUGAUAAAUGUUGACGGUGUGCCCAUAGCUAAAAGUUCCGGUAGCCAAUUUUGGCCGAUUCUGGGUAGACUUAGUGGCUUUCCACAUUCCAAACCUUUCUUGAUAGGUAUCUAUCAUGGGCCUUCCAAGCCAUCUGAUGCAAAUGUUUUCCUUGCUGAUUUCACAACAGAAAUAUUAGAUUUGCUUGAAAAAGGCAUAUUGUAUAACGGUGAGGUACUGACACUCGUUAUAUUUGGAUUUGUUUGCGAUGCGCCGGCAAGGGCUUUCAUUGCUUACACAAAAACACACAGCGGUUAUUUCAGUUGCUCAAAGUGUACAGAGGAAGGGGAUUUUGAAGGUAGAAUCGUAUUUUUGAACGAGAAAGCCCCAUUGCGUACCGAUGCAACUUUUCGAAGUCAACGACAAGACGAGCAUCACACAGGUCGGUCAAUUUUAGAGCAGUUGCCAAUUGAUAUGGUGGCCACCUUUCCCCUAGAUUACAUGCACCUUUGCUGUUGGGGGGUCAUGCGUAAAUUGUUGUGGCAAUGGAUAAAAGGUCCUCUUUCGUGUAGAUUAAGCCAAACUCAGAAAAACACAAUCUCGAGCUUUUUAAUUUUUUUGGCAAGUUACAUUCCUUCAGAAUUCAGUCGUAAAUCGCGGUCGUUAGCAGAAUUAGCAAGGUGGAAAGCCACCGAACUAAGAGAAUUUUUAUUGUAUACUGGUCCGAUUGUAUUGAAAAAUGUGCUACCAAAACGCCUUUACGAACAUUUCCUUCUUUUUCAUGUUGCGGUCAAACUUUUGGUAGCACAACAUUUCUGCAAAGAGUUUAACGACUACGCCAAACAGUUGCUUGUGUUGUUCGUGACGGAGGCAAAAGAAAUUUACGGCAAAGAAUUUCUCAGCUACAACGUUCAUAAUUUAAUUCACUUGGCAGACGAUGUACGUCACUUUGGCAAUCUUGAUUCUUUCAGCGCUUUUGCUUUCGAAAAUUAUCUGCAGGACAUUAAACAUCUUUUGCGAAAACAUAAUCAACCCUUAGCCCAAGUUAUCCGAAGACUUGAUGAGAUCCAGUUAAAUCUAGUACCACGGAUAAAUUGUGCUGUCUCACCUUUCGUAUUGAAAAAGAAACACACUCAAGGGCCGAUGAUAAAUGGCUGUCGUGGCGUUCAGUUCAAGUUUCUCCAAUGUCACUCAUGGACUUUUCGUACAUAUAACGAUGCAGAUUGUUGCGCAAUUCUUCAGGACCAAACGAUUGUAAAAAUUGCCAAUUUAUUGAAGAGUGAAGAAGGAAUUUUCUUGGUCGGGCAUAGUUUUCUUCACAAAACUAGCCACUAUUCUUCCCCCUUACCAUCUUCCAGACUCGGAAUAGUUUGUGCAAGACGACUUUCUCAAUUACAACGUUGGCCUAUAAAGUCCUUGAAAUGCAAAGCAAUGCUGCUGCCAACAGCAGUUCAUAGUCUUUAUGACUUCGCUGUUUUUCCAUUGCAUAUGCAAAGCAACGCAUAGCUUCAAUCUUGCAAGUCGAUGUAACUGAAGAUUCCAUUAUUAACAUCUCUCGGCUUUUGAAAGGUUAUUUACGGCUGUUUAAAGUUAAUUGGCUUGCAAAAAGAGUAUCUAAUUUUUUUUUUCAGGAUUUCCAAAUUUUUUUCCAUUAAAAGAAAUGCAGCGAUUAUUUUUUUAUUUCCUAUACGAUGUUUCAUUCUCGAUUCUUCUUCAAGGGUAUUUAAAAGUCAGUACAUAACGUAAUCCUAAUAUUUAUAUUUUUUUGGUUAAUUCCAGGUGGUCUUUUAAGAAAUCUGAUAACUCCAUUUUGUAGCGUCUGUCUUCUGCUCUGUUGUCUCAUCAAGCGUCGUGUCUCGUGUGUCUCGUCUCGUGUGUCUCAUGUGUCUCGUCUCGUGUGUCUCGUCUCGUGUGUCUCGUCUCGUGUGUCCUGGAAUUUAUUUGCUUUCAAUAAAGGGAUAUUAACAUAUGCCAGAACGGGGUGAAAUGUUUCUUAUAGUGGAGUAUAUCAUAGGUGAACAUGAGACCGAAGUAGAAGUUGUCCCCAGUUCAUGGUACUCAUCAGGUCAGUGUUGGUGGCCUCCAGGUGCAUUUGCUCGUUCAACAUUGGAAAAAAAGUAUCGAAGUCAGUGGAUUGUGAUAAAGCUACAUGGGACUGUUAUGAUGCUCGCCUCAUUGCUACUUUCAAAACGUAUGCAGAAGCCAAGGCUAAGUUGCCUCUUGCUAUUGCUGGAGAAUCAGUAGCUCCCAGCUCGACUGACGUUGAUGGACAUAAAAA